CAAGUUCAGUUUUGAAAACUUCGUGAUGCAAUCACCGGAGAGUGUUCAAAUUAAGAAUUCAGUCGUGAGUCAAGAUGACCUCAAGUAUUGGCGAUUUUUCGCCUUAGCCCGAGGAACAGUUAUUCCAAUACAUAUCACUUAACAUUAACAUCACAUGAAAACUUCGCGACAUAUCCGGCCAGGAAGGUUAUCACUGAGAAAGUAACAUGAAGUCUACUCUAUUUCUGGCGACUAUUUUGCUAGUGGCUGUAUCAGAUCUCACUGCUAAAAGCAUAAAACUAAAACAUCCAAAACAUCACAAGUCAGAGAGGAAGCAGCACCAUGACCAAAGCCAUCAAAGACAAGCUGUGGUUCCACCUGCGCAACCAGCUGCAGCUGAAGCAACAACCACUGCAGCACCAGCCACUGUCCCUGCAGCUGGAGCAUCAACUACCGUAGCUCCAGGACCAGUCCCUGCUGCAGGAGCAGUGACCACUGCAGCACCACCUGCUGGUGCGGCGGGAACAACUAAGGCACCAGCAACUGUAAGUGUGGCACCCGCAGCUGCCAAAACACCAAUGACUACUUUGGCACCAGGUGCUCCUACUACACAAGCGGCAACUACUGGUGCUGCACCCGCAGCUGGUGCAGCGGCAGCAACAACUGUGGCACCAGCGGCAUCGACCCCAAAGCCUGUAACAGCCACUGGUGCAUCUGCCGCUGCAGCAACCACUGUGGCACCUGCUGCACCGACUGCAAAACCUGCAACGGCCACUGCUGCUCCUGCCGCUGCUGGCGCUGCAGCAACCACCGUGGCACCAGGUGCAUCAACCGCGAAGCCUGAAACUACACCCGUGGCUGUACCCGGAGCGACAACUGCCCCUGCUGCCUCCGCAAGCGUUGCUCCUGCUGCGGGUGGAGCAGCACCUACCCCAGCGGCUCCCCCAGCAGGUAGUGCAUCUCCAUCUGGACCGGCACAGCCUGCUGCCGCUGGAGCUAAACCUGCUCCUGGAGCCCCUACUCCCGCUAAGCCUACCACCGCCGCUCUAACCAAUACAGUUCCACCACAAAUCACGCCGAGCGCGGUUCCCGCUAAGGAUAAAGAGACGGUAAUAGAGGAAGAGUCGUCCUCAAAGGCACAACACAAGAAGGAAGAUAAAAUUGAGGAGAAGAAUGAUAAGUCUCAUGAGGAAGGUAAAGAGUCCGACAGUGAUAGUAAACAUGACACGGAGAAGGAGGUAGAGAACAAAUCCGAAAAGGAAAUGGAGGAUAAGUCUAAAGGCGAGUCUGAGAAGAAGCUGAAGGACAAGUCAGAUCACAAAAAGCAUCAUCGAGCUCAUCGUCAUCGGGAUGAAUAAAUGAAAUCUGUUUAGUACUUCUUGCAUGGACUUUGGAAACAAAACAAAGAGAUUUUGAAUAACGUAAAUAGCGCUUUAAUAACUUCUGCGCUUAGCACAAAUUUUACCAUUUUGUUAGCAUACUAAACAUGCUGAAAGGUUAGAGGCGUAAUAAAACCUAGAAAAGAGUGUAGACGAAACAUCAAAGGGGCGACUACGCAUGUAUUCAGUAUUAUCUGAACACAGUAUGUUAGUGAAGUUAAGCUGUAGGACUAGCGCAAAACUGCUGUUUGUAACAUAGUCAUGACAAAUUAAUUUAUUUUACAUAAUUUUUCGUGUGUUAAUAAAAGUAUUUUCAUGAUGA